GUUAGGCCACAUAUUAAUGUUAUCAUGUAAUUACAUAAUUGUCCAAUUUAAAUGCAAUAUUCUGCUCAGAAUUCACUUUCAGGAUAUCUGGGUAGGCCUAAUAUACUGUCUAUGGAGAUUUGUUUUGACCAGCUCAUGAACUCGAUGGGCUUUUUAGGACGUUGUUUUGAUGCUCGACGCUCACUCGGCCGUUCGCUCACAUUCCGGAUCUAAACUGGGGUGUAAUUCCUUAAGAACCAAACGGAAAUAAACGGGCAGAAACGGGGAGGGACUAACCUGAGAAACGCUCGUUUUCGUUGCAAAACAUUGUGCUACGCUAUGCACUUGUGAAGUUAACCCUGGCAGGUACUUGUUGUUUUACUCUCUCUUUCCUCACCUCCUUCUCUCUUCACCUCUCUUAUCUACUCACCCCCCUAUCUCUUUUAUUCUCUGCAUUCUUUUUUAAAACCAAAGCGUCCAGUUUUAGUGAUACAACAACACCACGUUUAGUAGCCAAACGUCGCCCAAAUAAUGUUUUUAUACGCGGAAGUAUAAGUGAAAGUAAAAAUAGUUAAAGCUACACGAGCUCACUGCAAUAGGACGCGAGAAAGAUUUUGGGGACAAGAUAUCCUUCAUGUUGGGACAUACCAGUGAUGGGGCAGAAUCACACCCUGUGACAUGGCUUGUACAAGGCAAUCUGCUUUAGAGUACAUUCAAAAUGGGAGGAGACUCCUUGUUGAAAGGCUCCAGAAUCUGUCCCUCGUUGUGGAAAACCUGUUCCAGCGCAAGGUUCUUCAGGAGGAGGAAGUCAGUAAAAUUCAGGCAGAAGUUGACCGUUUUGACCAAACCAGAAAAAUACUGGACUGGGUCACGGCCAAAGGAGAAGCUGCAUGCUACGAGUUACUGAUGAUUCUACACAUCACAAGGAAGAGGACCUUAGACAACGCUGACUUACAGCAAUGGAUAAGCUGCUUCCCCUUCAAGGAAGACCCAGAGAUGACAGACUACCUUGUUGGUUCAAAACCCUGUCACAGAUAUCAGUCACAGCUGAAAUGUAAAGCUCGGAAGAUCACAGAGGGUGCAUGGAAACAAAGCUCUCGUCUCCUACCAGAGAGGAAUAGAAAUGAGGUGACUUUCUCUUACACUCCUCUUGUGUUAGAUACAGACGUGCCUUCAUCUCUCUCUAAAAUCGAAACGAAGAGCAAAAGAUGCAAGAAAGCUCGCCCUAAAAAGCUAAAGAGCUUCAUCCCCAUGGCCAAACAGGAAACGUCCCCGGCUGACCUGCUUAAAACACCCAUGAAAAGGAUCCUCUUAUUUGGAAUUCCUGGAAUUGGAAAGACAGCAGUCGCCCAUCAAAUGUUGAACCUCUGGGCACAGAAAGAUCACAGAGAACUAGAUUACAUGUUUUAUUUUGAUGUGAGAGACAUUUCACCCAGCACAAAUACCAUGAGACUGGAGGACCUUCUCUUUAACAUGUACAGUGAGCCAGAAGAAAGUAGAGAAGAAGUGUUACAGGAUAUUAAGAAGAACUCUGAAAAUGUUGUCAUCAUUUUUGAUGGAAUCACAGACCUCUCCUCUCAUUCGGUAAUAAAGAAACUUGUGGACAAGGACCUCCUCCCUGGUGCAAAGAUUGUGAUCACAUGCAGACCAGAGGUACCAUCAGGAGACUUCCUGACAGACUGGCCCUCGUUCAGAGUGGAGGUGAAAGGGUUCAGUAAUGAGUCCAUCUGGGCUUACUUAACAACGAUGCUGAGUGCUGAGCCUAACCCUACGCCAAACCAUGACUCCUUGAGCAGUGUGUUAAACAACCUAGAGUUGUUCAGUCUGUGCCAUGUCCCGAUGUAUGCAUUGAUGGUGGUUGCCUGCAUUUAUUAUUCUACCCCAGAGGCUUCUAAGCAGCCAUGGACUACAACUAAGAUGUACCUCAACAUCCUCCGUUACUGCAUCCUAAAACACAGUGGCAAACAGAUGAAUGAUCUCGACAAGUGUCUCGUAGAAAACAGAGAAAAAAUAUUGUCUUUAGCAAAAAUUGCUUUUGAUGCAACACUGCAAAAAACGAUGAACUUGACAGAACUGACCUGCGAACUAAGCAGUGUCCAGUUUUCUUUCUUGGGAGCGCUUAUGAUUAUGGUCGAGCCCACAGUCUCAGACACUUACUCUGCAUUUCUCCAUUACACAAUGCAGGAGUUCUUUGGUGCCCUUUGGCUCUUACAGAAUCCAGACAAAAUCAGAGAGGUUCUAGAGAAGUGCCAGACUGAGGAAUGGAAACACACAAAACACAUGGUUCAUUUCGUAUGUGGGCUUCUGAAUGAGAGGAAUAUUCGAUUGGUAAAUGGUCUAGUUCCAGCUCAACAGAUCAAGAAGACGUCAGAUUGGUUCUUCAAGGAAGUGGUGAACACAUUUCUUCCACUUCAAACAAACCAAGAUCAUGCAGAAGGUGGUGCUCCUGAGUUUGAGAUAGAUCUUCUGUUUUUAUGUCAGUGCUUGUAUGAAUCUCAGUCUACUGAGGCCUGUUUGCUUCUUCUGGACAAACUGGACUACAAUCUAGACCUGGAUGAAGAACAUCUUGAUCCUCACCAGUGCUGUGCAGUCUCCUAUAUGAUCAGUCAGUCUGCAGAGAGAAAGGUCGGCUUGGACCUGAACAGCUGCACUGUGUCAGACCAAGGACUAAGGCUGAUACUGGCCUCUCUGAAGAAUGUCCGAUAUCUCAGAUCUGAACCCUCAAUGCUGUGUCAACUCUGGACGACUUUGCUGCGCAGUGAGGCAGACAUUGACUUCACCAGCUUACUUGGUCUCUGUGGAAAUGAGUUGCGCCUUCCAUUCCUGGGUGAAAGACGAGUGUUUGAGAGAGCAGAAGAAGUGAUGAAGCAGAGCCUAGAGAGGGUUAACCUCUGUCUACACUGGGAUCGGACAACUCUUCUCAGUGAAGCUCUCAGCAAGACCAUUUUAAAGUGUUUGACACAUAUCAACAAACUCAGUUUUACCCCACUACAACAUCAGAGAGGAUCCCCUGAAAAAUUAGAGAAAGAAGAAAAAGCAGUCCUACUAGAUUUGUGUCUACAAGCAGGAUUAAAUCACAGAGAAACGUUCCAGGGUGCUGUGAACACCCUGCUGUCACUGUUUUCUGUGUAUCAAACUGAGAGAUAUGACAUCCUGCUGGAUCUGUACUCACAUGUGAAGUACAAUAGGAAACAAGCAGGCAGGAGUAUCCUUCCAUCAUUGAGACCACUUUACCAGCCAGCUCCUGCAGUCUGGUUCAUAGACCUCUCAGAGAGAAAGGUCUCCCUCCUCCUAGAAGUGCUGAAACUCCAACCAGAGAAGAAAUCUGUAGAGCUGAAAGGCUGGUCAGAUGAAGAGAGUGAAGUGAGGAGUUUCCUUCAGUGUCUGCCCUACAUCUCACAGCUGAGGUUUGCUCCACCACAGGAUCAGAGAAGAUCCCCUGAAGACUUGAGAAAGAGAGAGAAGACCUUCCUACUGAAUCUGUGUCUUCAAGCAGCCCUCCAUGAGAGAGAAACCAUACAAACAACUGUAGAGAAAGUGUUGUCACUGUCUGAAGUUUAUCACGAUCGGAAAUGGAAUCUCCUGCUGGAUCUGUACUCACAUGUGAAGGACUAUGAGACUCAAACAGGCAGGAGUGUCCUUCCAGUAUUACAGCCAGUUUACCAGUCAGCUCCUGCAGUCUGGUUCAUAGAUCUCUCAGAGAGAAAGGCCUCCCUCCUCCUAGAAGUGCUGAAACUCCAACCAGAGAAGAAACCAGUAGAGCUGUGGGACUGGUCAGAUGAAGAGAGUGAAGUGAGGAGUUUCCUUCAGUGUCUGCCCUACAUCUCACAGCUGAGUUUUGCUACACCACAGGAUCAGAGAAGAUCCCCUGAAGACUUGAGAAAGAGAGAGAAGACAUUCCUACUGAAUCUGUGUCUUCAAGCAGCCCUCCAUGAGAGAGAAACCUUACAAACAACUGUAGAGAAAGUGUUUUCAAUGUCUGAAGUUUAUGACGAUCGGAAAUGGGAUCUCCUGCUGGAUCUGUACUCGCAUGUGAAGGACUAUGAGACUCAAACAGGCAGGAGUGUCCUUCCAGUAUUACAGCCAGUUUACCAGUCAGCUCCUGCAGUCUGGUCUAUAGACCUCUCAAAGAGAAAGGUCUCCCUUCUCCUAGAAGUGCUGAAACUCCAACCAGAGAAGAAACCAGUAGAGCUGUGGGACUGGUCAGAUGAAGAGAGUGAAGUGAGGAGUUUCCUUCAGUGUCUGCCCUACAUCUCACAGCUGAGUUUCUGGCCAUCGUGGUCUGAUAACUCAAAGCAGAUCAAGUUCCUGGUGGGUCUCCUGUCUCAAGCAGCAGAGUGGGAGGAGCAGACAGGAGAGAAGACACUGAGGCUGCUAUCAUCAGUGUGUACUUACAGAACUUUCCCUCUCUGUGACGGGGAUGAUUAUGAUAAGUGGUUUCAAUGUGAUUUCCUGCUGGAUCUGUAUUCACAUGUGAAGGACUAUGAGACUCAAACAGGCAGGAGUGUCCUUCCAGUAUUACAGCCAGUUUACCAGUCAGCUCCUGCAGUCUGGUCUAUAGACCUCUCAAAGAGAAAGGUCUCCCUCCUCCUAGAAGUGCUGAAACUCCAACCAGAGAAGAAACCAGUAGAGCUGAGAGGCUGGUCAGAUGAAGACAGUGAAGUGAGGAGUUUCCUUCAGUGUCUGCCCUACAUCUCACAGCUGAGUUUCUGGCCAUCGUGGUCUGAUAACUCAAAGCAGAUCAAGUUCCUGGUGGGUCUCCUGUCUCAAGCAGCAGAGUGGGAGGAGCAGACAGGAGAGAAGACACUGAGGCUGCUAUCAUCAAUGUGUACUUACAGAACUUUCCCUUUCUGUGACUGGGAUGAUGACGAUAAGUGGUUUCAAUGUGAUUUCCUGCUGGAUCUGUAUUCACAUGUGAAGGACUAUGAGACUCAAACAGGCAGGAGUGUCCUUCCAGUAUUACAGCCAGUUUACCAGUCAGCUCCUGCAGUCUGGUCUAUAGACCUCUCAAAGAGAAAGGUCUCCCUCCUCCUAGAAGUGCUGAAACUCCAACCAGAGAAGAAACCAGUAGAGCUGAAAGGCUGGUCAGAUGAAGAGAGUGAAGUGAGGAGUUUCCUUCAGUGUCUGCCCUACAUCUCACAGCUGAGUUUCUGUCCAUCGUGGUCUGAUAACUCAAAGCAGAUCAAGUCCCUAGUGGGUCUCCUGUCUCAAGCAGCAGAGUGGGAGGAGCAGUCAGGAGAGAAGACACUGAGGCUGCUAUCAUCAGUGUGUACUUACAGAACUUUCCCUCUCUGUGACGGGGAUGAUUAUGAUAAGUGGUUUCAAUGUGAUUUCCUGCUGGAUCUGUAUUCACAUGUGAAGGACUAUGAGACUCAAACAGGCAGGAGUGUCCUUCCAGUAUUACAGCCAGUUUACCAGUCAGCUCCUGCAGUCUGGUCUGUAGACCUCUCAGAGAGAAAGGUCUCCCUCCUCCUAGAAGUGCUGAAACUCCAACCAGAGAAGAAACCAGUAGAGCUGUGGGAUUGGUCAGAUGAAGAGAGUGAAGUAAGGAGUUUCCUUCAGUGUCUGCCCUACAUCUCACAGCUGAGUUUUGCUACACCACAGCAUCAGAGAAGAUCCCCUGAAGACUUGAGAAAGAGAGAGAAGACAUUCCUACUGAAUCUGUGUCUUCAAGCAGCCCUCCAUGAGAGAGAAACCUUACAAACAACUGUAGAGAAAGUGUUUUCAAUGUCUGAAGUUUAUGACGAUCGGAAAUGGGAUCUCCUGCUGGAUCUGUACUCGCAUGUGAAGGACUAUGAGACUCAAACAGGCAGGAGUGUCCUUCCAGUAUUACAGCCAGUUUACCAGUCAGCUCCUGCAGUCUGGUCUAUAGACCUCUCAAAGAGAAAGGUCUCCCUUCUCCUAGAAGUGCUGAAACUCCAACCAGAGAAGAAACCAGUAGAGCUGUGGGACUGGUCAGAUGAAGAGAGUGAAGUGAGGAGUUUCCUUCAGUGUCUGCCCUACAUCUCACAGCUGAGUUUCUGGCCAUCGUGGUCUGAUAACUCAAAGCAGAUCAAGUCCCUAGUGGGUCUCCUGUCUCAAGCAGCAGAGUGGGAGGAGCAGACAGGAGAGAAGACACUGAGGCUGCUAUCAUCAGUGUGUACUUACAGAACUUUCCCUCUCUGUGACGGGGAUGAUUAUGAUAAGUGGUUUCAAUGUGAUUUCCUGCUGGAUCUGUAUUCACAUGUGAAGGACUAUGAGACUCAAACAGGCAGGAGUGUCCUUCCAGUAUUACAGCCAGUUUACCAGUCAGCUCCUGCAGUCUGGUCUAUAGACCUCUCAAAGAGAAAGGUCUCCCUCCUCCUAGAAGUGCUGAAACUCCAACCAGAGAAGAAACCAGUAGAGCUGAGAGGCUGGUCAGAUGAAGACAGUGAAGUGAGGAGUUUCCUUCAGUGUCUGCCCUACAUCUCACAGCUGAGUUUCUGUCCAUCGUGGUCUGAUAACUCAAAGCAGAUCAAGUCCCUAGUGGGUCUCCUGUCUCAAGCAGCAGAGUGGGAGGAGCAGUCAGGAGAGAAGACACUGAGGCUGCUAUCAUCAGUGUGUACUUACAGAACUUUCCCUCUCUGUGACGGGGAUGAUUAUGAUAAGUGGUUUCAAUGUGAUUUCCUGCUGGAUCUGUAUUCACAUGUGAAGGACUAUGAGACUCAAACAGGCAGGAGUGUCCUUCCAGUAUUACAGCCAGUUUACCAGUCAGCUCCUGCAGUCUGGUCUGUAGACCUCUCAGAGAGAAAGGUCUCCCUCCUCCUAGAAGUGCUGAAACUCCAACCAGAGAAGAAACCAGUAGAGCUGUGGGAUUGGUCAGAUGAAGAGAGUGAAGUAAGGAGUUUCCUUCAGUGUCUGCCCUACAUCUCACAGCUGAGUUUUGCUACACCACAGGAUCAGAGAAGAUCCCCUGAAGACUUGAGAAAGAGAGAGAAGACAUUCCUACUGAAUCUGUGUCUUCAAGCAGCCCUCCAUGAGAGAGAAACCUUACAAACAACUGUAGAGAAAGUGUUUUCAAUGUCUGAAGUUUAUGACGAUCGGAAAUGGGAUCUCCUGCUGGAUCUGUACUCGCAUGUGAAGGACUAUGAGACUCAAACAGGCAGGAGUGUCCUUCCAGUAUUACAGCCAGUUUACCAGUCAGCUCCUGCAGUCUGGUCUAUAGACCUCUCAAAGAGAAAGGUCUCCCUUCUCCUAGAAGUGCUGAAACUCCAACCAGAGAAGAAACCAGUAGAGCUGUGGGACUGGUCAGAUGAAGAGAGUGAAGUGAGGAGUUUCCUUCAGUGUCUGCCCUACAUCUCACAGCUGAGUUUCUGGCCAUCGUGGUCUGAUAACUCAAAGCAGAUCAAGUUCCUGGUGGGUCUCCUGUCUCAAGCAGCAGAGUGGGAGGAGCAGACAGGAGAGAAGACACUGAGGCUGCUAUCAUCAGUGUGUACUUACAGAACUUUCCCUCUCUGUGACGGGGAUGAUUAUGAUAAGUGGUUUCAAUGUGAUUUCCUGCUGGAUCUGUAUUCACAUGUGAAGGACUAUGAGACUCAAACAGGCAGGAGUGUCCUUCCAGUAUUACAGCCAGUUUACCAGUCAGCUCCUGCAGUCUGGUCUAUAGACCUCUCAAAGAGAAAGGUCUCCCUCCUCCUAGAAGUGCUGAAACUCCAACCAGAGAAGAAACCAGUAGAGCUGAGAGGCUGGUCAGAUGAAGACAGUGAAGUGAGGAGUUUCCUUCAGUGUCUGUCCUACAUCUCACAGCUGAGUUUCUGGCCAUCGUGGUCUGAUAACUCAAAGCAGAUCAAGUUCCUGGUGGGUCUCCUGUCUCAAGCAGCAGAGUGGGAGGAGCAGACAGGAGAGAAGACACUGAGGCUGCUAUCAUCAAUGUGUACUUACAGAACUUUCCCUUUCUGUGACUGGGAUGAUGACGAUAAGUGGUUUCAAUGUGAUUUCCUGCUGGAUCUGUAUUCACAUGUGAAGGACUAUGAGACUCAAACAGGCAGGAGUGUCCUUCCAGUAUUACAGCCAGUUUACCAGUCAGCUCCUGCAGUCUGGUCUAUAGACCUCUCAAAGAGAAAGGUCUCCCUCCUCCUAGAAGUGCUGAAACUCCAACCAGAGAAGAAACCAGUAGAGCUGAAAGGCUGGUCAGAUGAAGAGAGUGAAGUGAGGAGUUUCCUUCAGUGUCUGCCCUACAUCUCACAGCUGAGUUUCUGUCCAUCGUGGUCUGAUAACUCAAAGCAGAUCAAGUCCCUAGUGGGUCUCCUGUCUCAAGCAGCAGAGUGGGAGGAGCAGACAGGAGAGAAGACACUGAGGCUGCUAUCAUCAGUGUGUACUUACAGAACUUUCCCUCUCUGUGACGGGGAUGAUUAUGAUAAGUGGUUUCAAUGUGAUUUCCUGCUGGAUCUGUAUUCACAUGUGAAGGACUAUGAGACUCAAACAGGCAGGAGUGUCCUUCCAGUAUUACAGCCAGUUUACCAGUCAGCUCCUGCAGUCUGGUCUGUAGACCUCUCAGAGAGAAAGGUCUCCCUCCUCCUAGAAGUGCUGAAACUCCAACCAGAGAAGAAACCAGUAGAGCUGUGGGAUUGGUCAGAUGAAGAGAGUGAAGUAAGGAGUUUCCUUCAGUGUCUGCCCUACAUCUCACAGCUGAGCUGUGAUUCUGACAGGUUCUUCCAGCGCGUGUGUGAAUCCAUCCCUGUGAGGUCCAGAGAGGAUGCCCAGCAGUUGGCCUCUCUCCUCCAGGCCUUGGGCUCCACCCUGUCACUGGGAGAUCAGUUACCCAGGAAAACAUGCAGGUCUGUGGUGAGAGUCCUAGGCCUCUGUGCCUCCAGAGUGGACCUCACUCUCACCCCCAGCAAGAUCUCUCUGAAAGGGGCCUCGCUUCUCUUCACAUAUGUGUCACAGCUACACAAGCUCAGGCUGAAUGUAGGCAUGGCAGUGAGACUGGCCAGACUGGCUAGGAGGACAGGGAGAGGUGGUGCUCCACUGACUGUCCCAGAACUCUCCCUGGUCCUAAAGAGCAGCCAGCCACCAGAGAGAGUGUUAUCCAGGGCUCUGAGUAGUGUGGCGUCCCUGCUGAGAUUCUGGACGGUGCAGUGUUUGGACCUGACUGACUUCUGCAUCCAGGGUCACUCUCUCAUCACACUGCUGUGUCACCAAGGCCCUCUCACUCUCAGACUGCACUCAGACACUCUGCAGCAGCUGGCUGUAGUUGUGUAUGAAGCUCAGGACAAGGACUUGACUCAGUGGUUCCUGGUGAAGGUUGGUGGAGACCUGACCUCCUGCAGGCUGGACUGCGAAGUCCUUCUCUCUCUGCUGCAGCAUUCAACCCACAACAUCACAGUGGACCUCAGGAAGAACAGGCUUCUAGAGAAGAACAUCUCAGACCUUCUCCCCUUUCUGGGAAGGGUUAUAUUCAAGAGGCUCAGUUCCAGCUUUGUGAAGUCCAUCAUCAGACAGAGCUAUGACAGUAGAGACAGUGACUGUGUGUCCAGUUUGUUGAGGUCUUCAGACCAUUGGAUCAACCUGAACAGCAGAGAGCUGGACAGAGUGGACUGUACUGCUCUGUGUUUCACCCUGCAGCACAGCCACCAAGUCAAAGUCAACCUGCUGUGGACCUCCAUACCACCGGGGGAGAUAGAGAGCAUCCUGCCUCUUCUGGACAGAGUCUCCCAACUCAGUGUUGACAGGAAGCUGUUGCUGAGUUUCCUCCACUCCUGCACUGCCUCUCAGAUCCUGCAGGGGGCACUAUCACCAACAACAACAACAACAGCAGCGGAGCUGCUCAGGGCUCUGCAGCACAGGUUGGACUUCUCCUGCUCCUCCUCUGUGGACCUGUCAGCUCACGACCAGGGAGAGGCGCUGUGUCUGACCACUGACCACUGUAGGGCCAUAAACUCUGUUCUGAAGCAGAGCCAGCACAGCACACGGCUGGUUCAGAACCCGACCCAGAACCAGUCCCGAAACCAGCCCCACGUGCAGCUCAUCCUUAAAGACUGUGAGGUAGAGCACGGAGCACUGAGAGAGCUGCUUCCCAUCCUGCAUAUUGUCAAGCUGAGUCUCAGCAAAGCUCUGCUACUUCAGCUGCUGGACCAUGUGUGUGAGGGGAUUGAAGAGGGGGUUCUGAGGCACGCAGAGUUCCUGUGCAGAGCCCUGGAUGCGGAGCUGGACCUCAGUGAUACCAGGCUGAACCAAAAGGCCUGUGGAUCUCUGGCCCUGGUUCUGGAACACUCAGAGUGGCUGUCAGAACUGGACCUCAGCCACUGCCAACUCACAGACCGCCACCUACAGCCCCUGCUCACCCACCUGCACAAAGUUGAAGUCCUGGACCUGAGUCACAAUGAUAUCACUGAUGCUCUGACCGACAGAAUACUCCAACUGGUCUCCACCAACACUUCAAUACGCACCGUACGGCUCUUCAACAACAGAAUCAAUGACAGAAGUCCGUUCCUGACAGACAAGAGGUUUGAGAUCUGGUGAAGCAGCAUCAGGUCCAAGUCCAGACAGGAAGAGAAGAUGGAUGAUGCAGAGGCAGAGGAAGAGAAGAUGGAUGUUGAAGAGGCAGAGGAAGAGAAGAUGGAUGUUGAAGAUGGGUGUAGUAGCUACGAAGCCUCGGCAGGGUGAGACUAGAGGGACUCUUCUGACCAGCAUCUCAUCAACCCUAACCUUGACCCUAAGCGUAACCUCAUUUUAACCAAUUCUUAAAUUAAAUAUUGGUUUGCAUGUCAGCCACAUCCCCUUAGGUUUUAGCUGACCUCAUCAUGAUGUUCAGAAGAAUGACCAGUGAUGUCAUCAGGGAUUUUGGGACUAAGGUAUUGAAAAAAUAGUUGAGACUCCAGAACUCUGGAAUGUUCUGAGUGUAAUGGAUAGGAAUGUGUAGUUUUAUUUACCUCUUACAUGGUUCUUAAAAACAGGAACAUGGGUAGUAUAACGGUUUUUGAGCUUUACUUAACUAGAUGAUUUUUGUGAUCUGACAAUUUGUGAAAUUCCUUCAGAAGGAAUAGAUUGUAUAUGUGUUUUUAUAGUCUAGUAUUUAUCAGGUUGAUGUGAAUGUGUUCUACAAUUGCAGUGGGAGACUAAUACAUGAGUGUUUUGUUGCAGGUCAACUGCAGAGUAUUGUGUUACUCAGGCUAGCCUUGUUGAGAACCAAGCUUCCCUAUUCAGGAAGCAAGAGGUGUGUUCAGUUUGCUUGAACGUUUGCUAUGUUGUGCAACGGUUUGUACUGAAUGACACGUUUCCCCAAAAUGUUCUUGAACAGACUUCGAGGUACGUUUGGUGGGUGUGGCGAGGUGUGGCUUGAAGCAAUGAGUGACAUAUUUUUAUUUUUAAAGGGCAGUGGCCAUGAUGACAGCGUUCUCCAACCCACAACCUAACCCCUCCCCAUUUUUCAACUGGUUGUUCAGUACAGCACCGUUGACGUUCAAUUGAACCAUUUCAGAACGUAAAAACAUACUGAACGCAGCCCUGGUGAAGUCCAUGGCAGAAGGUAGCUACAAGUGGGUGGAAACUAUUGAUGCCUCGCAACACGUCACACCAAUCAAUUGCCUUGCUUUGGAGGAGCACUAAAGGUGCCCACUAGUGCCGUAGGAGGAACAGUGUGAGGAUGCCCAGGAAAUCGCUAAUGUAUAACAUAGCCUGUAUGUACACACACCAUAACAAAAUGUAUUUAGUAGAGCAGUUGUAAUGCCUUCAUCGACUUGAGAAGAACAUUACACGCGGCUUCCCUUUUAGGGGCAUGUGGGGGAGGUUUCUUGAAAUAUAACAUCCAAUCAAAAUGUAGCCACUGGAACCCAGCAGACCAUUCUAACUGUUUUGGCUAAUACAAAAUUCUCCAGACCUCCAAAGGAGGCAUGACAACAAUGUGAUUUUGGAGGUAUGGCUACAUGAGACUAGUACAAGCCUUUCUCAAAUCAAAACAGACAAACUAUAAGAAAUAAUAUAUGAAUAUUUUGUGUUUUUAAUAAAUGUACCUUGAGGCCCAUGAUUGGUUUUUGACUGUGUUCUCUUCAGGUUGAAAUCAUUACUAAUAAAUCCUAAAUAAUC